GAGAAUUACAAGUUGCUUUAUUUACAUAACCUUCGAAUAAGUCAAGGUAUUCCUGUAUGGCGGUCUCUGUUGGCUAUUGUCCAAAACGUAAAAUGCUUGAUGCUGAUUCCUUGUUUGAGAGGCUGCUCCGUGAGGCUGCCAAUUUAGUUCCUAAAAUGAGCACUCCAAAAUUAACUUACGCCCUAAAAGUGACGUCCUCACUUCAACAAAAAAUAACAGACACAGUUGCAUCAAGGCUACCACAAGAGAAGUCUGCGGAACUCGGAGAUUCCAAUAGACAACAAGUUCAUUUAGAAUCAGUAUUAUCUCGUGAAGGACUCCAGGAGGCUACACUUAUCACCUCUGACUCUGACCAGAUUCGUCGUGCUGCAUUGAAUCAAUUGGAUGGAAAUUAUGGAGGAUUUACUAUUUUUCCUCAGUUGAAUCAUAUAGCGAAUAAUGCCAAGGAUGUGAAUGAAAGUGGGAUACCAUCUGAAAUGUCGUCUAUUAGCUACCCAGCAGGAACUUUAUUCUCACCUAUGAACACAAUGACCGCUGUAAUGUCAACUGGAACUGGGAUGGGUGGUUGUGGUGCAUUGUUAGUUCCUCUUGUAGCCGGUGGUCAUGGAACAACUUUAUUACCAUCUAAUAUGACUCCUGUCUCAUCUCAUCUCUCAGUUGUUGCCGAUCAUUCUGUUUUGAUGAAUACAAAUACUACACCUUUAACAAGCAGUUCAAUUAAUUUUGUCUCUUCAAUUGGUUCUAAUACCGUCACUAAUUCUUCUAUAGUUCAUAAUAAUACUACUGGUUCAAAAUCAAAUAUCAAAAUGUCAACAUCCAAUUCAGAAAUGAAUGGGCGAUUAAGGAAUUCCAAGGAUUCAAUUGAAAUGAAACAAGAACCUCUUGAUUGUUUUGGAAGAGUUAGCACAGGCACAACAGAAGAUCUUUUAACUUCUGGUACUCAAAAUGAAAUAAAUACUGUAGGUUUUACACAAUUAACUUCGAUCGCACCUUUUGCCGUACCUUCUACAUCCAUAACAAUGAGCACCUCGGUAUCCACUUCACCAGUUACACGAGUUAGUGGAGGAAUUAUAACAAGCAAUUCAACUGAUGGAAAUAGUUCAGUAUCAGCUGAAACUACUACAAAUUCCAAUUCUAAAGCAUCUGCAGGUUCUGGACCUUAUCGUUGUCGAGAAUGUGAUAAAGAAUUUAGAAUAUUACGUUAUUUAGAAAAGCAUAGACGUAUACAUACAGGUGAAAAGCCAUAUCAAUGUUGCUAUUGUGGUCGUCAAUUCAAUGACUGGCCGAAUAUGAAUAGACAUAAACGUAUUCACACUGGUGAAAGGCCUUAUCGGUGCACGGUAUGCACCAAAACCUUUUCUCAGCCGGCUGUUUACAAUGAACAUGUAAAGCGACAUACUGGUGAACGACCGUAUAUUUGUACAGUUUGUGCCAAAGGAUUCCCUCGAGCAGCUCGUCUUGCGGUUCAUAUGCGUGUCCAUACAGGUGAACGUCCUUAUCCGUGUACUUCUUGUGAUAGGCGAUUCAGUCAGCCGCAUCAUCUUGCUGCUCAUCUUCGUGUUCAUAGUGGUGAUCGACCAUAUUCAUGUCCAAAAUGUGAUGUAAGUUUUGCAUGUAUCUCUAAUCUGAGACGUCAUCGAAAACAAGUUCAUCCAACAAGUCCUGUUCCAAAUGACAAUGCCGACGGAAAUGAUACAAAGAGUGGAAAUGAAGAGAAGAAGCCAUCACUUCAAAUGAUUACAUCUACUGUUUCAGAUAAUAAUAAUCAUAAUAACAAUAAUAAUAGUAAUAAUAAUAAUAAUAAUACUAAUAGUAACAGUAAUAGCAACAGUAAUAAUAAUAACAAUAAUCAUAUUAAUUCUUCUUCCGUUAUCACAAUGGAAACACCAUCAUAUAUUGCUUCAUCAUCAAAUUUAACUUCUGAUACUACUCCUGUUGCAAUUGCAGCUGCAAUGUCAGGGACUGUGUUAACAGCGACUGGUGCUCUAGUUCCGGCUAAUUUCUUACCUGCAUCAUCAAUACCUGGACUUAUAUUAACAUCAGCUGCUCCUGGUGCUUUAAUAGCAACACCAGCUCAUUUAACUGAACAACCACAUACUCAACUUCAUCCUACUAUUAUUGCACAUAAUUCAGGUGGUGAAGGAAAUACACCGACUUUAUUGACAACAUCUAUUUCUGGUGGUGGUCUUUGUUCUAUUACUCAACCUACUGCAUCACUUACUAAUUCAUCAACAACUGCAUUAACUGUUCAAUCAGAAGCAUUAUUAAAAGCUAGUUCUUCUCCUACCAUGUCGUUUAUGUUUCCAACUGUUCUCACUUCUGCAUCGCAUCAUGGUGAUGCACUUAGACAAACUUCAGUUGCUUUUCUUACACCAACAGGUGAAUUAGAUCGAUCAUGUGCUGCUGCUACUUUAGCUACCGCUGGACCUGAUGGUGGAUUUAUAUUGAAUCCUGUCGGUGGAGAUACUGUUUAUUUGGAACCGCUGGAUCCUCGACUCACUCUAGAACCUGGACAACAGUUUACUCUAACUUCUAUUCCUACUUCUCAUCCACAAGGAACACUUAUUAACCCGCAUCAUUCAGCUGCACAUUUAGUUGGUCAUCAAGUUCAUUUACAGUCAGGGCAAGCAACACAUAUUGCUUUUGCAACUAAUUUACCAACUCAUGGUCAUCAAGCUUCACAUUUAUUAACUCCUGGUUCAACUUUAUUCUCUAAUACAGCAGCAUCUAAUCAGGCAGCAAUUCACACUGGUCAUUCAUCUGCAACAGUGAUUUUUCCUCCUCCUCCUCCUACUGUUUCUGUUCCUCAUUCUAGUUUGUCUAGUCAACAACAAUCGGUACUUCAAUCCUCUGUGGAAGCAACAGCUCCUUCUCAAUUAUUACAUUAUCAUAGACCAAUUAAUACUACAGGUGCUUUACCUGGUCGUCCUUCAUCUACUCCUACACAACAACAACAACAGCAGCAACAACAGCAACAACAAACAGCCAUGCUUGUACCUAUAGUACAUACACCACCUGUCAAUGCAACAUCCAGUUUACCAAAUUCAACAUCCGAUACAAAUGAAUCAGUGAAUUCAACUCCUCUAACAACAACAUGGCCUGUUAGCGGUACAUUUUUAACAUUUGCUUCGUCACAUCUCUGUCCUGUCGCUUCUUCUUCCAGUGUAAUGGAAGAUAAUACCGAUUCAUGUGCACUUGCCAAUUCUCGUCCUUCUUCUGUUCUAUCAAAUUCCUCUUCUCUAGGUGCUAUCACUGCUGUCUCAGUACCAGAAACAAGUUUAUAGUUUUAAAUUUCUUUAUUGCUGCUGUUGUUGUUGUUGUUAUUGUUAUUGUUUCUCAUUCCUUUUGAUUACAUUGUUUGCGUGUGUGUGUGCGUGUGUAUAAGUUCUUUGUGUUGUGUGCGUGUGUGUGUGCAUGUGUGUUUAUUCAUCAUAAAAAUAAUUGUUUUUUUUAAAAAAAACUUAUUUUCUUGUAUAAUCAACUUGAAUACUUUUUUUUUAUACCACUGGUGUUUUUUUCCUAAUUCAGUCAGUAAAUAACAAAUAAUAGAGAGAUACGUAUCGUGCGCAAAUAAUAUAUACAUACACACAAACACACAUACAUACAUACCUAUGACAUCAUCAUUAUCAUCAUUUCAACAGUACUCAUUUCUGAUACCCUUCUCCCUAUUAUAUUUUGUUAUUUCGUGCUCAUGUUUUUUUCUUUCUGUUUCCUAUGACAUUCUUAUCUUUGAAUUUUCUGUAUUGUGUCAUCAUUGCACAGUUUGUGUGCGUGUGCGUGUGUGUGUGUGUUUGUAUAUAAAAACAUUUUCCGUUUUACCAUAUAUAAAUAAGCAUACAAAUUUGAAUGGAAGAGCAAGCACAAUAUAAGUACACUUCUGUGUUCACUCAUUUUAUACCUCCUACAUUCAUUGUGAUGAUGAACACUCUAUUUUUUUUCCUCCUCAACAAAUCACAUAUUCAGCGAAAUUUAACUUGACAUCAUCUUCGUUGUUGCUGUUGUUGUUGUUGUCAACCCCACUUGUCCUCGUCGUUCGUCAAUGAUUAUGAUGAUUGGCAUUGGUUAUCAAUUACCAGUCAUCGGUACAUACAUCUAUAUACAUAUGUGUAUGUGUGUGUGCGUACGUUCGUACACUCACUUGUUCGCCGUUCUCCAUAUUCUCGUGUUUUGCAUACACAUCAUCAUUUGAGCUGUAUGCAACUUGAACAAAGCAAUGUAUAGGAUAGAUAGAUAGGUGUAAGUAAGAAUUUCGCUUUUCCUCUACCAAUUUAUUUCAUCGUAAUGCUGUUGUCAUGUUGUAUUGUACAAAAACAAACUAAUAUACACUAUUGUUUAUUUUUUUUCUUCGUUUAGUUUUGGUCAUUUUAUUUCAUUAAUUUAAAUAUGAAUUAAAAACGGAUGGUCGUCUGGUUUAUCUUUUAUUUCUUUUUGUGUCUUUUUUUUUGGU